GUUGUAUGAUGGUCGACAGCCUCUGCUGGCUAUCACAGACCCCGACGUGAUCAAAACAGUGCUAGUGAAAGAAUGUUAUUCUGCCUUCACAAACCGGCGGCCUUUAGGUCCAGUGGGAUUUAUGAAAAGUGCCAUCUCUGUAUCUAAAGAUGAGGAAUGGAAAAGAAUACGAACAUUGCUGUCUCCAACCUUCACCAGUGGAAAACUGAAGGAGAUGUUCCCCAUCGUGAGCCAGUAUGGAGAUGUGUUGGUAAGAAAUAUGAGGCAGGAGGCAGAGAAAGGCAAGACCAUCAACUUGAAAGAUAUCUUUGGGGCCUACAGUAUGGAUGUGAUCAUGGGUACAUCAUUUGGAGUGAACAUCGAUUUCCUCAAUAGCCCACAGAGUCCUUUUGUGAGAAAAGCUAAGAACCUCAUUAAGCUUGAUUUCUCAGAUCCACUCUUUCUCUCAAUAACAUUCUUUCCAUUCCUUACUCCAAUCUAUGAAGCAUUAAAUAUCUCUGUAUUUCCUGAAGAUGUUACAAAAUUUUUUAUAAACACUGUGCAAAAGGUGAAAGAAAGUCGCUGCCAAGAUAAACAAAAGCACCGAGUAGAUUUCCUUCAGCUAAUGAUUGACUCCCAGAACUCCAAAGAAACAGAGUCCCAUAAAGUUCUGUCUGAUCUGGAGCUUGUGGCCCAAUCAAUUAUCUUCAUUCUUGCUGGCUAUGAGACCACUAGCAGUGUUCUUUCCUUCAUUAUGUAUGAAUUGGCCACUCACCCUGAUAUCCAGCAGAAACUUCAGGAUGAGAUUGAUGCAGCUUUGCCUAAUAAGACACCCACCACCUAUGAUGCCCUGGCACAGAUGGAGUAUCUUAACAUGGUGGUGAAUGAAACUCUCAGAUUAUUCCCAGUUAUUGGAAGACUUGAGAGGGUCUGUAAGAAAGACAUUGAAAUCAAUGGAAUGUUCAUUCCCAAAGGGACCAUUGUGAUGAUACCAACCUAUGCCCUUCACCGAGACCCAAAGUACUGGGCAGAGCCUGAGAAGUUCCACCCUGAAAGAUUUGGCAGGAAGAACAAGGACCACAUAGAUCCUCACAUGUAUAUGCCCUUUGGAUCUGGGCCCCGAAACUGCAUUGGCAUGAGGUUUGCUUUCAUGAGCAUGAAACUUGCUCUCGUCAGAGUCCUGCAGAACUUCUCCUUCAAACCUUGUGAAGAAACACAGAUCACCAUGAAAUUAUUCACAAAUGGAUCACUUCAACUGGAUAAACCCAUUAUUGUAAAGGUUGAAUCAAGAGUUGGGAACCUUCUCUGAGGAAGAUAGGCAAAUGCCUAACAAACACAUAUAAAAAUGGU